AUGGACAUUGUGGAGAGACGGAAGAUUCUGGGAAAAAGGGUUGCGAGGCCGCUGGAGUGGCUGGCGAGUUCGCUGCCCAGCAAUUACAAGGGCAGCAACCACUGUGAGAGAAAAGAUCGUUCGGAACCACCGCCGCCUGCCGACAGCCCGACUUUCAACAGCCCUAACUCUGCCGACAAGCCACCUCUAGGCUCUCAGACCUCCGCUUCGUUUCAUCUUGGAGGUGUUGGGAAGUCCCAGGAGUGGAUGAGCAAACUACGAGGCAUGAGUGUUGAGCUUCGAAACAGUGGACUGAGACCCACCCGUGUGGCGAUACUAGAUACGGGAUGCAAGCUCGCGACGGAAUACUUUCAGGGCCAUGAGAAGCGACAAGCCCAGAUCAAGGGAUACAAGGAUUUUGUCACCGACUCCGAGGGGCCUCAGUUUAUGAGCGACUCAGACGGGCAUGGGACUCUCAUGACUACUCUCGUGACAGAAGUCACACCGUUCGCGGACAUUUAUGUCGCGAAAGUGACGGAAAAAGAUCUCAAUACCUCCGGCACUGCAGAUAGGAUCAGCAAGGCCUUAAGAUGGGCGGCCAUCGACAAUGAGUGCAGCAUCAUCUCGAUGUCUUGGGGACACGACGACGAGGACAAAGUCAUUGAGGAUGCCGUGACGAAAGUACUCGGUGAUAGAAAGGGUAAGAUAGUCUUCCUCGCCGCCGCGGGCAACGACGGCCUUUACCAAGGCGCGACCACCCCCGCAAAGCUGAAGACUGUGUUCUCGAUACGCUCGGCCGAUUCCGAUGGGAACCCCAGCAGCACGAAUCCCCCGUUGGAGGAGCCAUACACGAACCUAUCACUCACCGCGAUCGGCCAAGACGUUCCAGAGAGGCUUUGUGAAUACAUUCCCGAUACGCGUAGGGCGGGCUCUUCGGUCGCUACGGCGGUGGCAGCGGGAAUCACUGCCCUUUUGCUUUCAGCGGUAUGA